AUGGUCUGGUCCGCCAAGGCCGACUCCCCAGUCUCUCUUUUGGGCAGUAACUUUGUGUUGGACAAGGAUGGCAAUGCCUACCUGAAGUCUGCCGCAGGAUCCGUCCUCUGGACCGCCAACGCCUCCAACAAGGGUGCCUCCAUGCGGCUGCUGGACUCCGGCAACCUCGUUGUGCUGGGUAGAGAUAACACCUCAGCCUCUCCUCUUUGUUCCAGCUUCAGCAACCCAACAAACACGCUCGUUUCUGGACAGGUCUUCGUCGUCGGCAUGGCCCUGAAGAACAUGGCGUAUAGGCUCGAGAUCAAGUCCCGCGACAUGAUGAUGUACUACACGGGACUGGAGAGAUCCCAGCCGUACUGGUCUGCAACGACGGAUAUCAGGACGAUCACCGGCAGGAAAGGUGACAUAUACUCUGUGAAACUCGGCUUAGCUUCUUGGUACUUCUAUGAUCGAUCCAGGUCGCUUGUAUCACAGAUUUUCAUUCCAAAUGAUGACGGUGAUGCCAUCGCCAACACCAACGGCACGCUGACUUCUGUACUAGGUGGAGAAGGAUCCAUUGCCUUCAGCAUCCUGCAGAAUGGGAGUGGACGGAGUAGUCACCCAAAGGGGAUUCCGUUGGGCUCAUGUGACGUGCCGGCACGAUGCAGCCCAUACUCUAUCUGCAUCGACGGGGCAGGGUGUCAGUGCUCUUCGGCCCUGAGUUCGUUUCCAAACUGCAAUCCCGGUAUCAUCUCACCGUGUUGCUCAAGGGAUGAGUUUCAGCUAGCUCAACUUGAUGAUGGAGUUGGAUAUACCGGCACUAGAUUCGCCUUGCCUGUUGCAACGAACACAAACAUCACAGGAUGCAAGGAUGCCUGCAUGAACAAUUGUUCGUGUGUUGCUGUGGUCUUCAACCAAGGCAAUUGCUUCCUUUUCGAUCAGAUCAGUAGCUUCCACAUGAGAAACGGAAGAUUUUUUACAUCUUUUGUCAAGGUACCUCGCAAUAAUCGUGGCUCUGCGCAAGGUAGGAGGCGUACCGGUAUCACCAUCGUCUAUGUAAUUGGACCUUUAGCAUUCAUAGGGGUGCUCAUUUAUGUUGGUCUCUGCAUUUAUGGAAGGAAAACACAAGGUCAAGCAGAAGAGUAUGGAUAUCUGGAGACGAUAGCUGGAGCGCCUACACAGUUCACUUACAGGGAGCUCCAAGCUGCAACAAACAACUUCUGUGACAAGAUUGGCAAGGGAGGAUUUGGAUCCGUGUACCUUGGGACGCUCCCAGACGCAAGCUGCAUCGCUGUGAAGAAGCUGGAGGGCGUAGGCCAAGGGGAGAAAGAGUUUUGCUCUGAGGUGACGAUAAUCGGUGGCAUCCGCCACAGACAUCUGAUGGCCAAGGGAUCUCUACAUAGGUGCAUUUUUUGUACUAAAGAAGAUGAUGCUCCCCUUUUGGACUGGGAUACGAGGUUCUACAUCGCACUUGGGACAGCGAAGGGCCUGGCAUACCUUCAUCAGGAUUGCGAGUCGAAGAUCAUACACUGUGACGUCAAGACUGAGAAUGUUCUGGUUGAUGACAACUUCACUGCAAAGGUAUCCGAUUUUGGCCUUGCCAAACUGAUGAGCAGAGAACAAAGCCACGCCUUUGUGAUGCUGAGGGGCACCCGGGGCUAUCUUGCGCCGGAGUGGAUCACCAACCGCGCCGUCUCAAAGAAGUGUGACGUCUAUAGCUAUGGGAUGGUCCUGCUCGAAAUAAUUAGCGGGAGGAGGAACUUUCAUCCCAUGGAGGUCUCAGAGAAAGCCCAUUUCCACCCUUUGCUUUCAAGAAGAUGGAAGAAGGAAGAUUUUUGCCAGAGACCUUCCAUGUCAAAAGUUGUCCAGAUGCUUGAAGGCCCAUGCAGCUCUCUCAAGCCAGAUGAUGUAAAUGCUUUUCUUUUUGUCUUUGCGGUAACUCCGACCUAG